AUGCAGUCCGACAGCACAGCCACUCCGCGCGAGACGGAUGCGCUCCUGCGCCGCGUCGCGCCGAGCGAUGCCGCCGCCGCCGCCGACAACGGCCGGCGGCAGCUCGAGUCGCGUCUCUACAUCUCCCACACGCUAUCUGCGUGGAACUCGCGGCUUUUUGAGUUCGGCGCCGUCCUGUUCCUCGCCUCCAUCUUCCCGGACACGCUGCUGCCGAUGUCUGUGUAUGCGCUCGCGCGGAGCGUGGCGGCGGUGGCGCUCGCGCACCCGGUCGGCGCGUGGAUCGACCGCGGGAACCGCCUCGCCGUCGUGCGCGCGUCCAUUGUCGGCCAGCGGCUGCCGGUGGCGGCGAGCUGCGGGAUCCUGUGGCUGCUGGAGCAGCAGCAGCGGCCAGGCGGCGGCAUGAUGAUGGCGACGGGCAGCGUUGCGGGCUGGAUGGCGCUGCUGUGCGCGCUGGCCGGCGCCGAAAAGGUGGCCGCCAUGGCCAACACGAUUGCCGUUGAGAGGGACUGGGUCGUGGUCAUGACGGGGGAGGACGAUGGUUGGCGGCGAGUCAUUAAUGCCCGCAUGCGUCGGAUCGACCUACUCUGUAAGCUUCUCGGGCCGCUGGCGAUAUCCAUCAUCGCCACCGUGUCGACGCGGUUUGCCAUUGGAGCUACGCUUGCUAUGAAUGUGGCCUCGGUGUUCCUUGAAUACGGCUGCAUCGCCAAGAAUGCCGCGUCGCCAUCUGCUACCGCUCGCUUCAAGACCUUCAUUACGGCCAUUGUCCCCGUGGGAUCCCUUUCCGAUUACUUCCGCCACUCGGCCUUUCUUCCCUCCUUCUCGCUCUCACUACUCUACCUCACCGUCCUCUCCUUCUCGGGCCAGUUCAUCACCUUUCUCCUGUCCAUUGGCUUCACGCCGCUGCAUGUUGGCAUCGCCAGGACCGGCAGCACCGUCAUCGAGCUCAGCGCCACGUGGGCGGCGCCGCGGCUCAUGAACUACAUGGGCCCCGUCCGCGGCGGCAUCUGGAGCCUCAGCUGGCAGAUGAUUUGCCUGACGCUUGGGCUCAGCGUCUUUCUCCGCGACGGCUUCGGAAGCGAGGCGCAUCACGCGUGGACAUCUGUCAGCGGCUUGAUCGUGUGUAUUGCGCUGAGCCGGCUCGGUCUGUGGGGUUACGAUCUCUGCGCGCAGACCAUUGUCCAAGAGGAAGUCGAAGACGGCAACCGAGGUGCCUUCUCGAGCGUGGAGGCGUCCUUUCAGAACUUGUUUGAGCUGCUUUCUUUUGCGACCACGAUUGCUUUCUCGCGCCCAGAACAGUUCCACUGGCCCCUGGUCAUUAGCAUUGCAGCGGUAUACGUCGCCGGUGGACUAAAUGUUAAAAUUGGACGGGAGAAGGUCGCAUAUAACCAUCACCGGAAGCAUUGUUUCAACUGGCUCGUAUCAGUGAAAGAAUUGGGUGUGCGCCUGAGACAAUGGCGUCGAUUUUGCGUCUUGGCGCACACAGCCGCAAUGGUAGGCUUCCAGAAGGGCACGACUCAUGCAUAUUUGCGAGCGCGAGUCACGCGUGGGCAACGUCGCAAGACUGUCCACUCAUUCAACUCGGCUGCUGCUUUCGCCAGAGAGGACAGUCUCGAUAGAAUUCUAGGCCGAUCGGAACACUAG